GGCGGCCAUUUACAUGAGUUGAGCUGAAGUUUUGCGUUGUGAAAAAUUGUCACUUUUCUCCAGUGUUCAAUAGUUCAGUGAAUAUAUGCCAUUAUUUUGAGCAUUUGACAGAUAUAAUUAUCACAAAAUGGCCCAAAUUAAUGGGCAACGUCCUCGAGUCAGCCCAGGACGAGAGAUGAAUGACUCAAUGAAUGACAGUCAGGAAUUUGGUCUUCCUGGAGUGGAUGCAGACAAAUUGAAAAGCCGACUCUACUCCUAUGCACCAAGGCAAAUUAGCUUCAAUACUAAAGCUUUAAGGCCUAUAAGGCCUACUCCAGCACAGAGUAUUACUAGAUCAAAACCUGCUGCACCAAAAUUAGAACCACUGCCUGGACUUGCAAAAUUUCAGGAAAGAAACCAACCAGAAUAUAUUCGUAGAAAAGCUGCUGAGGAGCUAGCAUUACAGAGACGUCAAACUUCAGCAGAUGAACCUGUAGCUAAAAAGAGGAGAUCAACAUCAGUUGAACCACUAGAGAGAUCUUCAACAAUAUCACCACUACCCGAUUUACCAGAAAGUCUCAAAAUAAAACAGGAAUCAUUGCAAGUAGCUCUGAGAGCACCCUCUCCUCCAAAAGAACCUAAACCUGCUACACCUCGUGGUAAGAUACAUGCUACAGGUGCUACUGUGCCUGUACCCACUGCCAAACCAGCUGAAGAGUUCAUAGAAGAUGGACUGUGUGAUGUGGAAGAAAUAAUCAGAUUAGUCAGAGAAAGACCCAAACUAGGAUUUAUGUACAUGACACCAGCAGUACCAAAAUCAUCUAUUCAAUAUCACCCAUAUAAUUUGAAGAUUGUAGGUCAUGGGAAUAUCAACCCAUUAGAUUAUUAUACUAUAAGUAUAAAAGGUGUGACACACUUCUUUGCUGAGGAGACAGACUUUACAGAGCUGGACAGGUGGGAACAAGAAUAUAAAUAUUACAUGCAGUUGGUGCAGAUACGUACUUUCUUUCUGUUCCGGAGGUGGAAAGCAUUCAAUGUGUGGAGGAAAAAUGUCUUGUCUAAGAAAAUUGCCAACUGUAAAAAGAAGCUACAGGAAAACUUAUUCAUUGUUAAUCCAGUCUCUGGAAGACUUGAUGAAUUCCGUGAUCUUGUCAAGGAGGUUGUUCGAAGUGCAUGUCGUACCGCAUUAUUAGAGGCCGGUUUCACACCAGAUGACUAUUUCUAUGACAAUGAAAGCCCCAUGCCUGAAGAUGGUGAUGGUAUACCUCCAGGUACAGCAGGGUCUAGUUAUCUUAUGCAGAGUAACUAUGAUAUGGAUAUCUAUGGUGAAGCACCAGAUAAAAUGACAUAUACUGAACAAGCCAAUAAAAGAAGUCACUGCAGAAGACUUACAUGUUUCAUCCGAUUGUCAGAUUACUUGAUAGUGAAUACUAUGCAUGUAUUAGCUGUCAACUCUGUGUCUACAUUGUUGAACUACCUAACUGAACAGCUACAGAAUACCCCAACUUUAGCACAGAUACAAGGUAUAGAGGAAGAGAAAGAGGAUGAUGAGAAUGAUGUAGAGGACACCACUACAGACGCUCCUAUCACAACUACUACAUCUACAAUGCUUGGUACGACCACAGUUACUGGCAUCACAGAAGAUUCGGAUCACACACUACCACCUCUCUUCUUAACCAGACUUCAACUGGAACCAAGUCAGCUGCUAUUUGAUCCAGAUGUAGACAACUACCAGGAAGGAUUAUCAGAAGUAAUCAAACGCUUCCAGGAUUGUGUUUUAAGUGUUGCUAAUCUUGUACCUGAUUCCUAUUUCCAUGCAUUCACAAGACCGAUUAUUAAUAAUAAAGUGGAAGACAAGACCUGUGGUGAAGGUCCUAGUCUAAGUUCAAUGCCUGUUUGCACAAAGAAGUUAUUAAAAUUCCUGUUCUGUUUCCGCACUCAGGCUGCCAUAAGUGCUGCUUUCAGUGCAGCCAACCAGUAUGCAGACACCUUUGAACCAUUCAGAGAAUUCUACAGAGUAAAUGAAAGCCUUGAUCUUGAAGCACUGAAAGCUGAAGAGCAUGAUGUUCAGUUCUUUGCAAUGUCUCUCAAGAAACAUCAUGAUGAACACAAUCGUUCUCUCGCUAUUCAAGUUAAAAGACCUAUUGGUAUGCUCCUUGUUGAUGCAGCAGAUCUGAGAAAUAUGAUUAUUCCAUCACCUCUCAAGUGUCUGGAUGUGCUCAAUGAUUUGUUGCCAGUGCUGGCUAAGAUGAGAACUGAUGUACUGAUUGCUGAGGCACAAGAUGCUCAGUACAAAUUGGAAAUUGAUGCAAUGGAUGCUGAAGCAGGUGUUGUCAAAGAAAUGUACGAGUUGAUAGAUCAUUACUCUGUACCUACACCUCCAGAAGACUUUGCUGUCUACCAAACUCUCAAUCCAUCAGUGAGCGCUGUCAGAAAUGCCAUUGAUAAAGCUGUUGGUGAACGAGAUGCCAAUAUUGAUAAGUUCUGUAAUACUCUGGAUAAAGAUAUUUUGGAGCUGAACAAAGAUGUCAAAGAAAUCAAGCAAGAAUCACAAAAUCCAAUGAUCUUAGAUGCCAAUGCUGACCGUGAUAAGAUUGUGACUAUACUGAAUAAGUUGCAAGAGAAGAUGAGCAAGUUACAGAAAACAGCCUUCACAUACAAGUCCUAUCAGAAGAAUUUCAAAGUGGAAAUCACCAAAUAUGAUGAACUUGAAGAAGUCCAUGCUGAGUUGAAACUGAAGCAAUUGCUUUGGGAUUCAUUGAAAGAGUGGGAUGAGAAAGCAGAGGAGUGGGUUGUGUGUGAAUUUGAAAACUUAGAUCCUGAGCAGUUAACAGCACAAGUUUUAAAGUACAGCAAAUCAGUGUAUCAAUUGGAGAAAGGUUUACCACCAAAUCAAGUUGUUCCUAAACUCAAAGAAAGAGUUGAAAGUAUGCGAGAAAAGCUACCCAUGGUAACAGAUCUUCGAAACCAGUUUUUGAAACAACGACAUUGGGAUAUGAUAGAGAAUAUCUUCAGCCAUCAUUUCACACCGGAAGAACCCCUCACUCUGGGUUUGCUGGAUAAACUUGAUGCUUUCAAGCACACAGAAGCUAUCCAAGAAAUCUCUGGUAUGGCAUCUAGUGAGGCUUCAUUGGAAUCUCUACUCAAGAAGGUGGAAGAUGCCUGGAAGACUACUGAAUAUAUAGUGUUGCCACAUCGUGAAUCUAAAGAUGUGUUUAUUUUGGGUGGUACUGAUGAUAUCCAAGUGUUAUUGGAUGAUAGUAUUGUUAAUGUUUCAACAAUUGCAAGCUCUCGUCAUGUUGGACCAAUAAAAAAUAGAGUAGAUGAUUGGACAAAGAAUCUGCAGCUAUUCAAUGAAACUCUGGAGGAAUGGUUGACUUGUCAACGUAACUGGCUGUACUUAGAAAGCAUCUUCAGUGCUCCAGACAUCCAGAGACAACUACCAGCAGAAGCCAAGAUGUUUGCAACUGUUGAUAAGUCAUGGAAAGAAAUCAUGCGUAAAGUGAAUCGUCUUCCCAAUGCCCUCAGAGCAUCUACACAGCCUGGUUUAUUAGAAACAUUCCAGAAUAAUAACGCUCUGUUGGAUCAGAUACAGAAAUGUCUGGAAGCAUACUUGGAAUCGAAAAGAGUGGUCUUUUCAAGAUUCUACUUCUUAUCCAAUGAUGAACUUUUGGAGAUUUUAUCACAGACUCGUAAUCCCCAAGCUGUACAACCACAUUUACGUAAAUGUUUUGAUGCCAUUGCACGUCUUGAAUUUGGAUCAGAUGUUGUACCAAAGUCCAGUGAUGCAGAAAUGGCAAAACUUUCAGCUAAUGACAUCCUAGCAAUGCUGUCACCUGAAAAUGAGAAAGUUGGCCUUGGUAAAGGUCUGAAAGCUAGAGGAAAUGUUGAAGAUUGGUUAGGGAAAGUAGAGGAAGCCAUGGUCACAUCACUUAGAAGGCUAACUAAAGCUGCUCUCACUGAUUAUGAAAGGCGUCCCCGUGAAGAAUGGGUUGUUUCUCAUGCCUCUCAAGUCGUUCUCACUGUCAGUCAAAUUGUGUGGUGUCGGGACAUUAUGGAAAUUCUGGAAGGUGACUUUGAUAGAGCAGAAGCAAUGGAAGAUUUUGAACAAAUUUGCUUCAAGAAUCUAAACCAGUUGGCUGCAUUGGUACGUGGAGAGCUGCCAAAACUAGCUCGUAACAUUUUGUGUGCACUGAUCACUGUUGACGUGCAUGCUAGAGAUAUUGUCACCGAUUUGGUGAAAUCAAAAGUGGAACAUGCAAACAACUUUGACUGGAUGAAGAAUUUACGUUACUACUGGGAUUAUGAUUUAGACAAUUGUGUUGUUAGGAUGUCUACUUCUCAGUAUAUAUAUGGUUAUGAAUAUCUAGGUGCUCAGCCAAGAUUGGUUAUCACACCUUUGACUGAUCGUUGUUACCUCUGUCUUAUGGGAGCCUUGCAGCUUGAUUUGGGUGGUGCACCUGCUGGUCCAGCUGGUACUGGCAAAACUGAAACCACUAAAGAUUUGGCAAAAUCCCUGGCCAAGCAGUGUGUGGUAUUCAACUGUUCUGAUGGUCUGGACUAUAAAAUGAUGGGCAGAUUCUUCUCUGGUCUUGCCCAGUCUGGUGCCUGGUGUUGUUUUGAUGAAUUCAACCGUAUUGACAUUGAAGUGUUGUCUGUAAUUGCACAACAGCUGAUCACAAUUAAAAAUGCCAAGGCUGGAAAGCUGACACGCUUCAUGUUUGAAGGACGUGAGAUCAAGCUAGUAGCAAGUUGUGCUGCCUUUAUCACUAUGAAUCCAGGUUAUGCUGGACGUACUGAAUUGCCUGAUAACUUGAAAGCAUUAUUCCGACCUAUUGCCAUGAUGGUACCUGAUUAUGCAUUGAUUGCUGAGGUCAUACUCUACUCUGAGGGCUUUGAGUCUUCCAGAAACCUGGCUCGUAAAAUGGUACAGAUGUACAAACUAUGCAGUGAACAGUUAUCACAACAGGACCAUUAUGACUUUGGUAUGAGAGCUGUCAAGUCUGUCUUAGUGAUGGCUGGGUCUUUAAAACGUGACAAUCCAACACUGGGUGAAGAUGUUGUACUUAUUAGAGCUCUCAGAGACAGUAAUCUGCCCAAGUUUUUAACUGAUGACGCAGUUCUCUUUACGGCCAUAUUAUCAGAUCUGUUUCCUGGUGUGGAAAUUCCUGAACAUGACUAUGGUGUCUUACAAGAAUACAUUGAGUCAGCCAUGAGAGAUAAAGGAUUACAAAUUGUGGGUGCUAUGGCAAGUAAAGUCAUCCAAUUGUAUGAAACUAUGAUUGUACGCCAUGGUGUGAUGUUGGUUGGACCAACUGGAGGUGGAAAAACUACUGUGUACCAGACAUUGAAAGAUUGUUUGACCAAUUUACAUGCUGACGGGCAUGAAGACCCAUACUACCUUCCUGUAAGAACAGAUGUCUUAAAUCCUAAAUCUAUCACAAUGGGUGAACUGUAUGGGGAAAUCAACAAACUUACUUUGGAAUGGCAAGAUGGUUUAAUGGCAUUGACUAUCCGUAAACAUGUGUCAGAUACAAGUGAAGACCAUAAGUGGGUUGUCUGUGAUGGACCUGUAGAUGCUCUGUGGAUUGAAAAUAUGAACACAGUACUGGAUGAUAAUAAAAUGUUAUGUUUAGCUAACAGUGAGCGUAUCAAAUUAAACAAUACAAUCCACAUGUUAUUUGAAGUGCAGGACUUAGCAGUGGCUUCACCAGCAACAGUCAGUCGUUGUGGUAUGGUGUAUAUUGAUGCUGAUGAUCUAGGUUGGAUGCCGUUUGUGCAAACUUGGAUGACAAAACACAAGUCACAAUUGACUGAAGAAACAUAUCAGUAUAUUAUGGAUUUGUUUAUAAACUAUGUUGAAGAUGGUUUGAAAUUUGUGAAUAAGAAAUUGACACAAGCUAUGAGCCAGGUUGAUAUUGCCAAAGUGUCAGCUCUGUGUGAUUUGCUAGAUGCUGUUAUAUUUGGUAAAAAAGGCCCAGACUUGAAGAUGGAUCCUAACAAAUUACAUGCACUCAUUUGCACUGGUUUCGUCUUCUGCUACAUGUGGUGCAUUGGAGGGAAUAUUACUGAGAAUUGCUUUGAUCAGUUUGAUUCUUUUGUCCGCAACCAAUUUGAUGAUAAUGGUGAUGCUAAGCUUCCAUCGGGAGGUGACUUAUGGAGCUGCUACAUGGAUUUUGACACAAAACGUUUAGAUAUGUGGGAGAGAAUUACUCCAUCAUUCAAGUAUGAUAAAGAUAUUCCAUUCUUUGAUAUGCUGGUACCUACUACAGACACUGUCAGAUAUGGAUAUUUGAUGGAGAAGUUUUUGAGUGUAAAACGAUCAGUAUUAUUCACAGGUACAACCGGAGUAGGAAAGUCUGUCAUUGCAAGGGCUUUAUUGCUGAAUGUUCAAGACAAGGAGGCCUAUGUACCAGUCUUUGUCAACUUUUCAGCUCAAACAAGCAGUAAUAGGACCCAGGAAAUGAUUGAAGGAAAACUGGAAAAGAGAAGAAAAAAUAUAAUUGGUGCUCCAGCCAAUAAGCGUGUCAUAAUUUUUAUUGACGAUUUGAAUAUGCCUAAGUUGGACACCUAUGGCUCCCAACCACCAAUAGAACUGCUUCGUCAAUUCCUUGACUUUGGCGGUUUCUAUGACAGAGAAAAACUGUUUUGGAAAGAAGUACAUGAUGUGUCUUUAUCAUCAGCAUGUGCUCCACCAGGUGGUGGUCGUAAUCCAGUAACACCACGUAUGAUCAGACACUUUGCUAUGUUGUGUAUACCAAGUGCAUCAGAGUACAGUCUUAAACACAUUUUCAAGUCAAUCAUCACAGGUUUCUUACUUGAGUUCCCACAAAGUGUCAGAGCAUGUGGAGAGUCUAUUGUGGGUGCUGCAGUUGAUAUCUAUGGACGUAUGAGUACUGAUCUGUUACCUACACCAGCCAAGUCACAUUAUGUCUUUAAUCUCAGGGAUCUCUCCAAGUGUGUCCAAGGUAUACUGCAGGGAGAUCCAAGCAGCAUUCGUGAUGCAAACCAGAUAUACCGUUUAUUCUGCCAUGAAUCACAGCGUGUAUUCCAUGAUAGGUUAAUCAAUCAUGAAGACAAAGGUUACUUCAAUGAAAUAUUAGCAGAAAUGGCUGGCAAAUAUUUUGGACAGCAGAAUGUUGAACCAAACUCUUAUGUUACCAAUCCAAUUAUCUUUGGUGAUUUCUUGAAGAUGGGUGCAAGUGAAGAGGAAAAACUUUAUGAAGAUAUUUCAGAUAUUAAAAAACUAAAGAUUGUCUUGAAUGACUAUUUAGAUGAUUAUAACAUGAGUUCAUCCAAAGAAAUGAAACUGGUGUUCUUCUUGGAUGCAAUGGAACAUGUCUCUAGAAUUGCACGUAUGAUUCGUCAAGAGAGGGGAAAUGCAUUACUGGUAGGUGUUGGUGGUACUGGUAAACAGUCUCUGACACGGCUUGCAUCACACAUAUGUGGUUACAAGUGUUUUCAGAUUGAACUAACUAGAGGAUAUGAUUACAGUGCCUUCCAUGAUGAUCUCAAGAUUCUAUAUACUAUGGCUGGUGUGAAUGGUGACAAUACAGUCUUCCUCUUUACAGAUACACAGAUUGUGGUUGAAGAGUUCCUAGAAGACAUCAACAACAUUCUUAAUUCAGGUGAAGUCCCCAAUUUAUUUGAGCCUGAUGAAUAUGAAAAGGUGAUCAUUGGUUGCAGACCAAAAGCCAAGGAAGCGGGCAUACCUGAGGGAAAUCGUGAUGAGAUAUUCAAUUUUUUUAUCAGUCGUGUUAGAAGUAAUCUGCAUAUUGUACUUUGUAUGAGCCCUGUUGGUGAUGCAUUCCGAGCACGUUGUCGUAUGUUCCCAUCUCUUGUUAAUUGCUGUACCAUUGAUUGGUUUACUGAGUGGCCAAGAGAAGCCUUGUUAUCGGUGUCAGAGUCGUUCUUUGAAGAAGUGGAUUUGGGAGCAGAAGACUUGAAGAAAAAAGUUGCUGACAUGUGUGUAGAAAUUCAUACUAGUGUCAGUGAUAUGGCAGAGAAAUUCUUUUCUGAAUUGAGGCGUCGUUAUUACACCACACCUACCAGCUACCUUGAACUUAUCAACCUCUACUUAGCUAUGCUGUCAGAGAAAAAGAAACAACUUGUUGGUGCUCGUGACCGUGUUAAAAAUGGACUCACAAAGCUUUUAGAGACGAAUGAUCUUGUAGCUGAGAUGGAGAUUACAUUGACAGCCCUUAAACCUGAAUUAGAAAAGAAGUCUAAGGAUACCGAAGCCUUGAUGGAAAGGUUAGCUGUUGAUCAAGAAGAAGCUGACAAAGUCCGUAAAGUUGUAAUGGAAGACGAAGCAGUUGCAAGAGUAAAAGCUGAAGAGACCCAAGCAAUUGCAGAUGAUGCACAGCGUGAUUUAGAUGAAGCCCUUCCUGCUUUGGAAGCUGCAAACAAAGCUUUAGAUGCUUUAGAUAAGAAUGAUAUCUCUGAAAUUAAAGCCUUUACAAAACCACCUGAAAUGGUGCAAACUGUCAUGGAAGCUGUGUGUAUUAUCCUUAGUUACAAAGCUGACUGGCCAUCAGCAAAAGGUUUACUGGGAGAAGCAAACUUCUUGAAAAAACUUCAAGAAUAUGACAAAGAAAAUAUGCCAGAUUCAACUUUAAGAAAACUCAAGAAGUACAUAGAGAAUCCAAAAUUUCUACCUGAAAUUGUGGAGAAGACAUCCAAGGCUUGUAAAUCAAUGUGUAUGUGGGUGAGAGCCAUGGACUUGUUUGCCAGAGUAUUUAGAACAGUACAACCUAAAAAAGAAAGAUUGGCGGCUGCUGAGGCUGAAUUGAAUGCUACAAUGGCAGUGUUGAAAGAGAAACAAGAUAAACUUGCAGGUGUAGAAGCUAAGAUUGCUGAACUGCAGGCACAGUAUGAGGAUAGUGUGGACGAGAAAGAUAAACUACAAAAGAAGAUGGCGCAAACAUCUGGCCGACUAAAGAGAGCUGGAAAGUUAACCACUGCACUUGGGGAUGAACAAAUUAGAUGGUCCAUAAGUGUAAAGGACUUUGAAAAAGAAAUAGGCGAUGUGGUCGGAAAUGUAUUUGUGGCUGCUGCGUGCGUUGCAUAUUACGGUGCAUUCACAAGUACAUAUCGUAAUGAGUUAGUUGAGAGAUGGACGGACCGAUGCAAGGAACUUGAAAUCCCCGUCAGUGAUGACCUGAGCUUAAUAAAAGUCUUAGCCGACCCAUUUGAGAUUAGGCAGUGGAAUGCUGAUGGUUUGCCUCGUGAUACUGUGUCUACUGAGAAUGCUAUCUUAGUAACAAGAGGGAGAAGAUGGCCCCUCAUGAUUGAUCCACAAGAUCAAGCCAAUCGUUGGAUUCGGAAUAGAGAGAUGAAGAAUGGUCUCAAGAUCAUCAAGUUGACAGAUGCUAAUUUCCUGAGAACUCUAGAGAAUGCCAUUCGUCUUGGUAUGCCAGUACUGCUAGAAGAGUUAGCAGAAACCUUAGAUCCAUCUUUGGAACCAGUGCUUCUUAAACAAACAUUUGUUUCUGGUGGCCGAUUGUUGAUUCAUCUUGGUGAUAGUGAUAUAGAUUACGACAAGAACUUUCAUUUCUACAUGACAACUAAACUAUCUAAUCCGCAUUAUCUGCCGGAGAUUUGUAUCAAAGUAACUAUUAUUAAUUUUACUGUCACAAAGUCUGGUCUUGAAGAUCAGUUAUUGAGUGAUGUUGUGCGUUUAGAAAGACCAGACUUGGAAGAGCAAAGGAAUCAACUGAUUGUUAGAAUCAAUGCUGACAAGAAUCAACUCAAGGCCAUUGAAGAUCGUAUAUUGAGUUUAUUAUUCAAUUCAGAAGGAAAUAUUUUAGAUAAUGAAGAACUGAUCAAUACAUUGAAUGAGUCUAAGGUUACCUCCGGAGUUAUACAGAAACGUCUAGCACAAGCAGAACAAACAGAAAUGAAGAUUACUGCGGCACGUGAGAAAUAUCGACCUGUUGCAUCACGUGGUUCUGUUAUGUACUUUGUUGUGGCAUCAUUAGCUGAGAUUGAUCCUAUGUAUCAAUACUCACUCAAGUAUUUCAAGCAACUGUUCAACAAUACGAUAGAAACUAGCGAAAAAAGUGAUGAUCUGCAGAUCAGGUUAAAAACAGUUUUAGAUCAAACUACUAUUAAUGUCUAUUCCAAUGUGGCACGUGGCUUAUUUGAAGUUCACAAAUUGGUCUUCUCAUUUAUGUUAUGUGGAGAUAUCAUGAGACUUGAAGAACGCAUCAAUGAUAGCGAGUGGAAUUAUUUCCUAAGAGGUGCUGCUGCUGUUGAAAAGUCUCGUCCUCCUAAGCCAGAGGAAGAGUGGUGUUCGGAGUCUGUAUGGUUUGCAUGUUGUGAUCUUCAUGACACUUUACCAGCAUUUAGAAACAUCACCAAAGAACUUACAGCGACACCAGUCUGGUGUAAAGUUCGUGAUCUAGAGGUGCGAUUAAAUCCACCUGAAUGGGAGGGUUAUGGACCAGAACCUGAGUAUGUCCCACCUACAGCAGAUGAAGAAGAUGACGAACCCAAGCCAGAUGACAAUAAAAUAAAAGGUCACUGGAAUGAAAGAUUGACCAAUUUCCAAAAAUUAAUAAUGAUUAAAUCAUUCAUGGAAGAGAAAGUUGUAUUUGCUGUGACUGACUUUGUUGAAGAUAAUCUUGGCAAAAGAUUUAUUGAGAACCCGCCAACAGACUUAGCCACUUUGUAUGAAGACAUGGCACCUAGCACACCAUUGGUCUUUGUCUUGAGUACAGGUUCUGAUCCCAUGGGUGCUUUUCAAAGAUUUGCACGAGACCGUGGAUACCUGGAAAAAAUCCUGGCUAUUUCACUUGGACAAGGUCAAGGACCAGUGGCUGAAAAGUUGAUUGCUGGAGCUAUUAAAACUGGAGAGUGGGUUUUCUUACAGAAUUGUCACUUGGCAGCUUCCUGGAUGUUGUCAAUGGAAAAUAUGAUCAAGGCCUUUGGAGAGCCCGGUGCCGAACUACAUGAAGACUUCCGUCUGUUUCUUAGUUCCAUGCCCACCAAAUCUUUUCCAGUGACUGUCUUACAAAACAGUGUUAAAGUGACCAAUGAACCUCCAAAAGGUCUGAGAGCAAACACCAGAAGGGCAUUUACAGAAAUAACAGCGCAGUACUUUGAAGAACACAUUCUUGGAGUACAGUGGAGGAAAAUGAUCUUUGGUCUUUGUUUCUUCCAUGCCAUCAUACAAGAAAGAAAGAAAUUUGGUCCACUAGGUUGGAACAUCAAGUAUGAAUUUAAUGACAGUGAUCGUGAGUGUGCUUUAGAGAAUCUUAAGAUGUUCUGUGCUGAUGGAGAAAUACCCUGGGAUGCGUUGAUGUAUAUCACUGGAGAGAUCACCUAUGGUGGGCGUGUCACGGAUGAAUGGGAUCAAAGAUGUCUAAGGACAAUCCUCAAAAGAUUCUUUGCUCCUAAUACACUGGAUGAAGACUAUAAAUAUUCAGAUUCCGGUGUUUAUUACUGUCCAGAAUAUGACACAAUACAAGAAUUCCGUCAGUACAUAGAAGGUCUGCCUAUCAUAGAUCAACCUGAAAUUUUUGGAAUGCAUCAAAAUGCAAACAUAGCUUUCCAGACUCAAGAAACCAAUGCUCUUAUUAAUACAAUCUUGGAUGUCCAACCUCGUAUGGCAACUUCAGGUGGUGGCAUGACCAAUGAUGACAUUGUUAAUGAAUUAGCUACAAGUAUUUUAGAGAAAUUCCCUGAAAAACUGGACAUUGAAGAAGCCAAUCAAGAAAUGUUCAAGCCUGAUGCCAAGGGUCGAGCCAAUUCCCUGGCAACAGUACUUAUUCAAGAAGUAGAAAGAUUCAACAAACUACUUCGGGUUAUCAAGACCUCACUACGAACGAUCAUAAAAGCUAUCAAAGGUUUAGUGGUAAUGUCUGAACAAUUAGAGAGUGUCUACAACAGUUUUCUCAACAACCAUGUGCCAGAUAUGUGGGCAAAUGCUGCGUACCCUUCACUGAAACCACUGGGUGGAUGGGUCAAAGAUUUAGUCCUCAGAAUUGGCUUCAUUCAUCAUUGGAUUACACAUGGUUUACCCAAAUCCUUCUGGUUGUCCGGUUUCUACUUCCCACAAGGUUUCUUGACUGGCACUCUGCAGAAUCAUGCUCGUAAAUAUGACCAACCAAUUGAUGCAUUAAGUUUCAAAUUCAAUAUGUUGACACAGUACCGAGACCAAGGUGAGGUGGCUUUGCAACAAGAACACCUGGCAUUUGGUGAAACCGCAGAUGUUGACAAACAGAAGAAAACAAAAGGAACUGAAAAAGAUAGGCCUAGUUCUAGUUUCAGUACCGUUGAAUGUGAGAUUGAUCGCAACAUUCCAAGUCCUAGUGAUGGUGUCUUAGUGCAUGGUCUAUUUGUGGAUGCUGGUCGUUGGGAUGAUGAGACAAUGCUUUUAGCUGAUGCCUUACCUGGAGAAAUGAAUCCACCUUUACCUAUUAUGCAUAUGGAGCCCAUGAUGAACUUUGAACCGGAUGCAUCAAGUACUUAUAAAUGUCCGUUGUACAAAACUGGUGCCCGUGCUGGUGUCCUAUCAACAACAGGUCAUUCCACCAAUUUUGUUGUUGCUGUAUAUUUACCUUCUGACAAACCACAAGAUUACUGGAUAUCGAAAGGCUCAGCUUUGCUUUGUCAAUUGAAUGAAUAAAAGAUCACUGUCACAGUUGUGAUUUUGUAAAUUUAUGUGAUUAUAUACUUGUAUAGGAAAAUUAUAUUAACAGUUACUUUUGAUUUGUUUGUCUCUCAUGGUUUUGUGAAAAUUGUGUCAUUAUUUUUUUCUGCAUAUUUCCGUCCUAUUUAUAAUAAAAACUUGAAUAUCACAGAGCAAUGAACACAUUUUGUAUAGAAUAGAUUCCUAUCAUGGAUCACAUUAUAGCCGUCCAUUAAUAACAUUCCAUAUCUUGAAGAUUUCAAAAAUGGAAGAACUCACCUUGCUGUAUAAAUAAAUAAUAUAAAUGAUAAUUUCAGUAAUUUAUCCCAAACUAUUGUAAAUAUCACCCCUCAUACGUAUUUGUGUGUAUACCUAAUGUUAUCAAAAUAUUUCUAUUCCUAAUUUUUGUACUGAGUGAUUUCUUUUCCCUCCAAUUUUCUUGAAAUUGAUUUUAUACAUUACCAGUGGAGUUUACUAUAUUCCAGGAUUUUUAGGAGUGAAAGGAUGUUUUGAAUUAUACAAUUGCAGGGCUUGAAAUCUGAAGUUGAGAGGACACCCAUUU